GGAGAAAAGAGUGAGUGAAUUGAAAAUCUAUAAGAGAAAAAGUGAGAACAGAGAGAUAUGGGGACAAGGUAGAGAAUUGGAAAAAGCUUGAGGUGAGCACAAAGUAAAAGAGAGAGAGGUACAGAUCUAUAAGAGAAAAAGUGAGAAAGGGGAAAAAGGUAGAGAUGAGCACAAGGUGAAAGAGAUAAAGACAUCAAGGUGAAAUGAGAGAGGUAACUGAAGAGGAAGAAUCAGAGAGAAAGAGAGAAAUACCCAGGGAAAAAAUGAGGGAAUUGCAGAGAGAGAGAGAAGCACAGAGAUCCAGGAGAAAAGAUUGAAGAAAUUGAAUGUACAAAGAGAGAGAGAGAUUCAGAAGAAAAUGGUGAGACAAUUGAUUGCAGAAAGAGAGAGAUCCGGGAGAAAAGAGUAAGGAAAAUGACCACAGAGAGAGAGAGAGAGAGAUCCAUGAGAAACAGACCAGGGAAUUAAAUGUAGUAAGAGAGAGGGAUUCUGGAGAAAAGGGUGAGGGAAUUAAACAGAAAGAAAGUGAGGGAUCCAGGAGAAAAAAAGGAUGAGGGAGAGAUCCAGGAGAAAAGAGUGAGGGAAUUGAAUGCAGAAAGAGAAAUAUCCACAAUAAAUGGGUGAGGGAAGUGAACAGAGAAAGAAAGCAAUCCUGGAGAAAAUGGUGAGGGAAUUGAACAGAGAGAAAGAGAGAGAGAGCCUGGAGAAAAGGGUGAGGGAAUUGAAUGCAGAAAUAAAGAGAUCCAGUAGAGAUAAGUGAGGGAUUAGAACACAGAGCAAGAGAUAUCCAGGAGAAACAGGUGAGAAAAUUGAAUUCAGAAAUAAAAGAGAAAAGAGUAAGGGAAUUUAAUAGAGAGAGAGAGAGAGAGAGAGAGAGAGAGAGAGAGAUCCAGGAGAAAAGGGUGAGACAAUAGAAUGCAGAAAGAGAGAGAGAUCCAGGAGAAAAGAGUAAGGAAAAUUACCACAGAGAGAGAGAGAUCCAUGAGAAACAGAUGAGGGAAUUGAAUGUAGAAAGAGAGAGAGAUUCUGGAGAAAAGGGAGAGGAAAUUGAAUGCAGAAAGAGCGAGAAAUCCCAGAAAAAAAUUGAGAGAAUGGAAUACAGAGAGAGAGAGAGAAAGAGAGAAAGAUCCAGGAGAAAAUUAUUAGCGAGCUGAACACAGAAAGAUAAUAACAAAGACAGAAAGAAAGAGAUCCAGAAGAGAGAGUGAAGGGUUUGGGGAGAGAAUCAGAGAAAAAGGAAGGAAAGGGAGAAAAAGUGAGAGACUUGGAACGAGGGAGAGGACAGGAAAUGGGAUGCACGUAUAAUCACACACAGAGAGAAAAAGAGAUAGAGAGAGAGAGGUUCAGAAAGACCUGACACGAAAGAACAAGGAAGAGGGAGGAGAGAGAGCCCACCAGAUGAAACCAGCACACUGAAGGAUCAGUAAGGGGGAGGAGUGUGGUUGCAAGGUAGCGAGAGAGAGAGAGAGAGAGCGAGGGAGUGAAUGAGUAAAGAGAGAGAGAGUGGUAGAGCGAGGAGAGGAGAGGAGGGAGAUCUGGACUGAGAGCUGGAGAGGUGCUGAAGCUGUAAGGACAGAUGUGUUGAAGUGUACGGGCUGCUCUGAGCGCCAGCGCAGGAUGUGUGUAUUCUCACUGUGUGUGAGUGAGUGUGUGAGUGUGUGAUGCCCCUACUGACAUUGGACCUACCUCUACACCACUGCUUGACUCGCUGACCAAUGGACACUACUCUACCCUUCCAUAUGUGUGGAACUAAGAGGAUACGUCCCAUCGGCAUGCAGGGUUGCCAUAAAUGUGAACGAACAGACCCCAGCAACAGAUAUACUUAGGACCUUUCAGCACCUUCAUCCCCAUUAGAGGGUUCAUUACUGCAGCAUGGCUGCAGUGGUGGCCAACCUCAGCGUCCCCUGGGGGACAGGGGUGCUAAUGGGCCUCACGGACGCUCCUAAUCAGACGGUGACUGCGUCCCCGGGGCCCGGCCGAUCUCUGGCACCUCUCUGCACCGUGUGCUGCUGUGGACUUCUCAACCGCACCCUGGCUGUGGUGUUCAUGGUCAGCCUGGCCUUUGCCAUCGUGGUGGGCAACGUGAUCACCCUCACGGUCUUCAUGCAGACGCGCCAGUCCCGCACACCACAGGGCUACCUCAAAGUGUCCCUGGCUGUAGCAGACAUGAUGGUUGGAGUCUUGGUGGUGCCAUUCUCUGUCUACACUGAGAUAUCCCUCAUGGUGACCAGCGCUCCUCCUGCGUGGUACCAGGGUGGAUCUGCAGUUACAGCAGGGGGACCAACAUCUCGCUCUUGGCAGCCCUGCAUGCUGAUUGGCCCAGUAUUCGCAGGCUGUACCUUUGUGUCAAUCAGCACCAUCUUCUUGAUGACGGUAGAGCGCAGCAUAGCCAUCUUGCGGCCGCUCCACAAGGACACUCUUGUGACCCGGAGGCGGACGCUUUUCCUGAUCCUUGCGUCCUGGGCCGGCAGCUUUCUGCUGGCCAUGGCGCCCCUACUUCUGAGCAAGAGCUUCACCCUGGAGUACAACGAGUGCAGCCGCAUGUGCAACUACGCCCCCUUACUGGUUGGCCUCCAGCUGCCGGCCGAUUCCAACAUCAUGCUGCUCUUCCCCGCCUUCGACUUCACCCUGCUGGGUGGCACCCUAGCCGUGAACAUCAUGUCCUUCACUAGCAUCCGCCGUUACACACGCAAGCGCAAGCUGCUCUCGGAGGGCAGUCUGGGCCUGGAGGCUGGAGGAACCGGAGGCUGCUCCCACAGACCGUCUUUCUCGGACAUCAAGGCAGCUAAAACCAUCGGCAUCCUCACCUUCGCCUUCACUGCCUCCUUCUCGCCUAUUGCCGUGUUUGUGCUGGGCAACGUGGUGGGCUACACCUGGUGCAACUUCUCCUUUUUCGCCUUCUGGAUCUUGACGGGGAACAGCUGCUGCAACGUGAUCAUCUACAGCGUGAGGGACCAGCGCUUCAGGAAAGGAGUGAUGCUGCUCUUUCACAAGGACCGCUCGCCCCCGCACUCGGAAAAGAGCUGAGCCUAAGUGCUUGAGCCAGAAAGUCAAGCACAGGUCUCUACCACUGCUUCACCUCCAUUUCUAACUCCUCAGCGUGAGCGACACUGUUUUAUCAGGAAUUUCUCCAACAGAGGGCUUUAAAACAAAAGCUUGCACUUCAGGGACAAAGAAACCAAUCAGCUCCAUGGAUUGUGGCCCCACUCUUUUGUUUUCACUGUCUUAAAGAGAGCAAUGUUCUAUAUUUGUAUUAUUAUUUAUUAUAAGUUGUCAUGUCAUUCAUGUUGACCAAAAUACCUGUUAGUCUAAGAGCCACCAGGAAAAAGAGAUUAAUAUUAAAUUCUGCACUUUAUUCUCACAUUUAGGGGGUGGUUUUCAGGGCACUGGUUGAGCCGAAUUAUUGACUAAAAUUAAUAAAAUUAAUUAUUUUGCAAACCCUGCUUUAUAAAGCCUGCUCCCAUAAACUGGAACAAGCAGUGACCAAU